CACUGUUGCAUUUCGUCGAACAUUUGGAACUCCCGUCGACUGGCGAUUUGAAUUUCCCGGCGAAAAGGUACGUCGGAAAGACCAUUCAUCGCCGGAGUCACCACGCCACAACAAUCACAAUCCGUCUCUCUACUUCGUUUCAGAAUCCUAGAAACGAUGAGCCGUGAGGAUCGGCACACCGGCGGCGCCAAAUACCAGAAUUCCGUCCGUGAAAUCGGAGCCAACUCCGAUGAAGGAACUGAAUCUUCCAACAGCAACUCGAGAUCGUAUGAAAUUAAUGCGAUUUCUGCAAUGAAUCGCCCGCUUACAGUCCACCAUUCGAGUUUCGGAACGCGAUCCAACGCGCGCGAACGGUGCUAUCUAUUCACCCAGGGAAGAUGUGCAUACGGUGAGCGAUGUCGCUACGCGCACGUCGUCGGAAAUAUGGGAGAAUCCGGUGCCAGUAAUGUCCGCCUGAACCCGAUUCAGAGGAGUGGCGAGAGAAUCAAUCUCUGCCAAUAUUUUGUUGGUGGUAGACAUUGUCCGUACGGUGACAAUUGCCGGUUCCUACAUGAAUUCGCCGGUGAAAAUAGAUGCAAUCCCGGCUCCGGCGCGCACAGGGAAAGCUCCGCCAUAUACAUCGCAACUAGCUAUGGCGACGAAUCUAAGAGCCUUCAAAGUCAGAGUUCAAAUUCACCUCAUGGAAAUGCAGAUCUGCCAAGGUUUGGCAAGCUGAAUUCAUCUAAAAUUUCUUCAACCUUCAAGACUGGAUUUGGGGUUCAUCAGAAACUGCAACAACACAAGAAAGGGUGUCUGUUCAAGCGGGCCGAUAUCAAGAAGAUCAGUGAAGUGUAUGCUGACUGGAUUGACAAUCUGCAUGCUCUUCCUGUUUCAUCAACCAAAGAUGGUAAAUAAAGCCCGUUUGGCAAUGCGUCAUUCGGCUGAAAUUGAUCCGAACUGAUUUUUUUCAGUUCGUUAGUUUCCAUUUCAGCUGAAAAAGUAAGCCAAACGGUGCUUAUGAUUCGUCUGAUUAGCAGAAUCUGGGAAAUUGU